UUCACAAAACUGUCAGCGAUGGAGUAAAUAUUUGGGAUUUUUUUACUUUUAAUAUUUAGUUAGGUUUUUAUUUAAUAAUUUAACUAAUUGUAUAACUGAACUAAGCAAGAUGGGUAUGAUACAUUCAGUCGUGUGUUCGUUGGCAUUCUGCGCUGAAAGGUUUAUGGCAUGGAUCGCUUGCGCGUUUCUGAUCGUGAUCCUGUCCAUAGCUCUCAUCAUUCUGUUUGUGUACGGAGUGUCUGUCGGCUACUACUAUGCUCGCAAGGAGAUCAUGCUGUAUCUUAUGUUCUCUGCGACCAUGCACCCCCGCAACUACAUCCAGGUGCGUCGCGGGGGCGCCGACAGCCCCGGGGUAGGCCCCUGGGCGCGGGGGGCGCCGCCCGGGCUGGAGGGCGCGAUGGGCGAGCCGGCGGAGAAGCCAGAGGGAAGCAACGGCACUGAAGUCACCACGGACAUGUUCCAAGCGUUUGAUAAUACCACUGAGAAGUUUGAGCUCGCCGACGGCAGUGGAGAUGGAAAACCAAUUUCUAUUGGUAAAGGCACAGAAGAUAACGCGGCCAACAGAAGUCACAGGAUUUUGGCAAGGGAAUCUCAAAGUCAGCAUAGCAGAGGCCGAGCCUAGCUAGUGACGUAACGCCUGGAGUUUCUGGAAGCCAUACCCAGAUGCCCAGAGCAUUAUUCUACCCACGGCCCUGGGCCGCUCUCGUUGAUGACUUCAUUGCAGAAGCAACAGGAGUUAUGGCAUAAGAGUGGCAUAAACAUAUUUUAUAAUUCCUUGCUUACAAAUUUUAAUAAAGAAAGUUUGAGAAAAUUA